CUGACAAAUUAUAUCCAUUCAUUAAUUUUUUCCUCUUCAAAUAGUUGUCGUCUCCAAUGUAGUUGGCCUGAUCAUUCCUUUGUAAUAACCAUCUUCCAGUGCUUCCACUCUGUCUCUUGUUCUUCAAAUCCUUUCAACACAAAAAGCUUCUCUGUUUUUUUUUUUCCUUUUACGUACCAAUCCAUGCACUGCAAUAAAGAAAAUAAAAAAACUUUAGAUUGCUCGUUCAUAACAAAGAUUAAAACUUUAGAUUGCGGGUUUUGAUUAGUGUUCUAACUUCUAAGUGAGUUGCGGAGACUCAAAAUCAUGGGUGUUUCAGAGAUUAAAUCGCCGGCGAGUGAAGCUCAAACUCCGGCAAGAUUUUCCGACAACGGAGGCUCCAGCUCGUCCGUACAAAGGAAGAAGCUGAAUGUGUUCUUCAUAGAGUCUGAUAACAGACGUUCGGCUCUUGGCCGCGGAUACACCGGAGGAACAACUCCGGUGAACAUUCACGGAAAACCCAUCUCCGAUCUCUCAAAAACAGGCGGUUGGAUCGCCGCUCUUUUCAUCUUCGGAAAUGAAAUGGCAGAGAGAAUGGCGUAUUUUGGGCUGUCUGUGAACAUGGUGGCAUUCAUGUUCUACGUAAUGCAUAGGCCAUUCACCAGUUCAUCCAAUGCCGUCAAUAACUUCCUCGGCAUUUCUCAAGCUUCCUCUGUUCUUGGAGGGUUCUUAGCCGAUGCAUACUUGGGUCGGUACUGGACAAUCGCAAUCUUCACCACGAUGUAUCUCGCUGGUUUGAUAGGUAUAACACUUUGUGCCUCGUUGAAGAUCUUCGUACCUGACCAGACCAACUGUGAUCAGCUCUCGUUGCUCCUCGGAAACUGUGAACCAGCGAAACCGUGGCAAAUGUUGUACCUUUACACGGUUCUGUACGUUACAGGUUUCGGAGCUGCGGGUAUAAGGCCUUGUGUAUCGUCGUUUGGAGCAGACCAGUUCAAUGAGAGAAGCAAAAACUAG